AUGGACUUUUGGUCUCGAAUAAUAGGCGGCUCCCGCUCGUUGUCAAAGAGCCCGCGAUCUGCUUCCCCCACGGAGCGACUUACAUCUUUUAAACGGACGUGUAACACACUGCAGCAAAUAUGGCGCUCCAGCAAUGCAGCUGCCGCGGAGCAAGCAGCCAUUGUACACGCGCGCAAUUGCAUCGAUCGCCUCAAUUCUGUCCUAGGCGAUGAAUCUCGUGGCCCCGCGCCUCAUCCGUGUCUUGCAUAUGCCUCAUCCUCUCAGAUCUUUGUGACCGUUACCAAACUUGCGCUCUCGUCUCACGAUGAAGCUAUGCUUCGUUCAGCGACGCUCCUCUUUAAUACCCUGAUCGAUUCGGAGGUUGACGGUGUUGUCGAUAACCGAUUAUUCGCGCGCGCUCUGGUUGAUUUGGUUCGUCGGGCGGAUAAGAAGUCGGAGGAUAUUGAAGGACGGCUUGUGGAAUUGUUGUUUGGCGUUGCGAACAACAUUCGUCUCCAGCCCAACAUUCUUCCCGCGUGGUUUGCUCCCCGAUCAGACGAUGACGAUCAGAGUACUGGCAAUGUUGAGUUUGCGGGCACCAUGAGGACGGAUGAUUUCCCGUUGUUUUAUGUGCUGGUGGAAUAUGUCCAUCAUGCGGGAAGGGCGGGCGACUUCGCUCGAACCGGACUCCUCUAUUUGAUAGAGACGGCAUCGCGGUCAAAGGACCUGGAGCGAUGGUUGAUUGAAAGUGACUUGGCGACAUUAAUGGCCACCGGUUUAGGUGCUUUGUACAGCCAGCUGGGCAACUUAACGUCUGGUUUGGAGGAAGACUCCGACGUACCGCAUAUUAUUUCACAUUCAGACCACGCCCAGCAGGAGACGGCGCUCCCUCCCGCGCUUGGCGUGUCGAUGGAUUCUUUCAUGGCCUACCUCUUGUUCUGGCAAGAUACAAUUGAUCAUUGCAAAUCACCUGAGGUGGUUGCAACCCUGUUGGAUCACUUCCAGGUCCUUUUCCUAGAACAACUACUAUACCCCUCAUUGUUAGAGUCGUCUGAUGUUGAAGGCGGCUCUACAGCUGCAGUCCUCACUUACCUUUACCGUAUCCUCGCUUCGGUGGAUCAAGAAGACCUGGUUCAGCGAAUUCUUCAUUUUCUGCUCGCGUCGACCUCUGAUUCAGAUGCACAAAUAGCUGAAAAGAAAAAGAACAUGUCCGCUAGUCGGCGAAAAUCUCUCGACGUGCUCGCUGCGUUUUCGGAGGAGGCGGCUCGUCCGUCACCAUCCCUUUUCAAUUUGAGGGAUCUCGCCCUUCUUGGCUUACGGUCUACAAACCGCCCAACUAUCCUAGCAACAUUGCGCCUGUUGACGGUCAUCCUACAGCGACAUUCCUCUUUUGCGCGAUUCUUGAUCCGAACUAUUCCCGGGCAACCCGCCAAACAACGAACUGUUGGGGCACUGAAUGCAGAACUAGAACAACUCCUGACAAUGGCCACCUCGAUCAUGGAUGAGCCAAUGUUGGAUGAGUCUUUUGAAAACUAUCUCAAAGAUGCUUCGUGGAUACUCGAAUCACGGCUCUACUUCCCCCCUCCCGGUACUAGCCCGGGAGAAGUGGUCCCUCUUGAGAUUCGCCAGGAUGAUCUGAUCGUCGGCGAGCUGUUAGACUGCCUAAAGACCUUUUUUACUAAUACAGUGAUUGUGAACUUGGCCUUGACGGAAGUUCUCAUGAGCAUUGCAUCAUCGAACCUUAUGGCACUUGACGGAUGGUUGCUUGUAGACCCUACAAAGUACAGCUAUACCAAGACUGAGGGUGCAUUGAAGACGGAUCAUAUGACCGACAUUCUCGACCAAGUACACUCUGUUUACCAGGUGCCAUCCUGGUCCUCUGCCGACAUCCCUGCCCUUACCGCUGUUCUACUGCGACUUGUUGAGAAAGUGCAAGAAUGGCGAAAGCAAAUCCCGGACUUUGAUAUCCUAGUAGCCGCACGCCGAGACUUGUUGCACGAAGCAGAAGAGCCACCCAGCAAUACCGAACAGAUUUCGGGCACCUCUACUACCAUCUUUUCCGCAGACCGAAACUCGUUAAGUACACCGCGUAAGCCGCAACUAGGCUCCGAGCCAGGAACACCGCGUGGCCGACGUGACCUACGAAACAUCACGUCUCCGCAGCGCAGUAUUGUCGGUUCCCCGCUACGAGAACCUACAACAUUCCACACGCCCCCUCCGCCGGAUGACUCCGAGAGCCGCUCUUUUGUAGCCGAGGAGCUGCGCAAGCGAUUGGCCACGCCGUUUUUCCCCAACAGCGAAACGCCUACCAAACCCGACCAGCCUACUGAAGAUGGCGCGCAAGAAACAGGUGAACCAGGCCAAGCGGCGCCAGAUACGAACACAAGUGCAAUCGACGGUGAGCAAAAAGCGAAGGAUGAAACGGCAAGUCUCGGUCACGUCCUCACCAACGUCGUCAUUCUAUACGAGUUCCUCUUGGAGAUUUCGGCAGUGGUCCAGGCACGCGGCACUCUUUUUGAUGAAGCCGGCUUCCAGGAUCUAGGCUUGCCCCCCCAGGCUGAUGACCUGUGA